GCUUCUGCUCCAACGUACGUCAUCACAGCAGCCAUGGAGGGUGAACCAUUUAUUGAUGCUUAUAAUGACAACACAAGCCCAGAAUACAAAGAGUUAGAAACACGACUUCUAUCAACGUGUUCUAAGAUAUACAAAGCCAAAUAUGGAAACAGAUUUUCCCAAUGCAAGUUGAAAAAGCUCAGAGCUUUAGCAGUAAGGGAGACCGGAACUGAAGCAGAAAUGGGAGUUGUGUUCAACAGCACUACUCCUCUUGCAGAUCUCCCACAGAAUAAUGAAGUGGGUCAAACCUUAGUAGAAGCUGUGAAUAAUACCAACAGUACCUUCGACGUGAGCAUAAGUCCUGAUUCAGUCAAAGUUGAAUCAGGUCCAGUCCCAACUACAACUACAGCACCUACAACUGCUAAACCUAAAACGGCAGCACCUAUAACUGCACGACCUGCAACUGCAGCACCUACUACUAUAGCCCUUAUAACAAAAAGGGUGACUUUCAGAUCUGUCCUAGAUACAUUUACCAAUGACUUGCUGAAUCCAUCUUCUGCUGCUUAUAAAGGUCGAGCUACAAUGAUAAAUACUCAGCUUACACCUGUUUUCCAAAAGAUAUUCCCUUUGUCGUUCAAAUCACUAGAUGUUGUUUCAUUCAGUAACGGAUCAAUCAUCAAUGUCAUUGAUGUUUCAUUUGGAAGCACAUCUGCUCCUAAUAGCACUCAGAUUGCGAACGCUUUGAUCAACGCAGCUUCAACAGUCGUUGGAUUCGACAUUGAAGGCAGCUCCAUUGGCGUAAAUGGCAUAUCUUCCAGUGGAGUAAGACAGGAGAUCAGCCUUGUCACCGCAUCCUGCCUCUGUCUGUUGUCAUGGAUACUAUCAAACCAGCAAUAGCUUUAGGGCUGUUGUUACAAUUUUAAUUUUAAUCACUAAAUGACUUCCAUCACUGGAAUGAAAAAUGAUUCAUGGUGAAAUACU